AUAUGUUUUUUAAUAGAAUUUUAUUCCAACGAGAUGGGAAAAUAUUAAACUACACCUUUUGGGUUUCUAUACUUGAUGCCUACUGAAUCCUAACAUAAUUUAGCACCUCUUCACAUGGUCGAGCUCUGUAAAACUGGCGGCGAUACGUUGGAGUUUCACAAGGUAUGCCAAAAGACUGAAAUACUUUUACUCAGUUUCUUGAUUUCCAUAUACAGAGAUUCCGUGAUGCUGUAAAUGUAAAUCCACCGAUUCUAUUGGAUUUUCUCUUGCUUUUAACAAAACUUUUGCCAUUAUUAUAGUGUUGUUUUGGCUAUCCAAUAGACAAAUUGGGAAGACAGAAUACCUCUGCUAGGCAUUUUCCUUCAUUGAGGUCGAUAUCCGGAAAUGAAAUAUAUUUGCAGAAGUCUUGUUAUACUGCUCUUCCAUUUACCUCGAGCAAGCGUGACCGAGUGAAACUGCCCAAUUUAUGUGAACUCAUGAGUCCCGCUAUGGACGUAUUUUAUCGUCAACACUGAGAAGUAGCCUGCGGCUGCUUUACCUGCAACGCUUGUUGUAUCCGGUAGAAAUCCAUCAUUAAAACCUCCCAUUUGUUGAAGCUAAUUAAGGGAGUUGAGCAAACUUGAAGUGCUCCUAUAUGAAUCUCCCGGAGCUCUCCCCAUCAACAUGAAGUGGAAUGAUGGAAAAGCUCAAGUCUUCCAUGAAAGAUCUCCAAGCUACCCACCUCACGAGUGUCAAAGGUCACAUAGCCAAAUUCGUGGAACAAAGCUAUCUCCACGAGGCAGAGGAGGAGGAGGACGUCGCCACUGCCGCCGCCGCCAUUGCAUCUUCAUCUGGAACUGUGAAGCGUUGGGAGAGAUUAUUCUUUUCCCCGCACACCACGAAGUCGAUCAUGGAGGAGGCCAAGUCGAAGAAGGGAGAGCGAUCAGAUCACUUGUUGUACGAGAAGAGCGUCAUGCUGUCCGUGCAUUCCACGGAUCCUUACCGUGAUUUCAGAGCCUCCAUGGAGGAGAUGGUGACCGCGUUGGAGCUGCGAGAGUGGCACAGUCUUCAGGAGCUCCUGCACUGCUACUUGAAGGUGAACCAGCGGAAGAACCACAAAGCCAUUGUGCUAGCUUUCAUGGACUUCCUGCUGCAUCUCAUCGUUCAGAACAAAGAAGCCUUUGCCACAGAGGCUUCUCUCUCGCCACCACCACCACCUGAUCAGUAA